GCAAUAUAAUUGAAAAUGGUAAACAAAAAGUGGGAUAGAAUUACUCCAAGCUUAUCAGCACCUGUGUUGAGUUGCAUAAAUAAGCAAGGUUUCAAGUCUAUGACGCCGAUUCAGGCGGCAGUGAUUCCGCUGAUUCUAUCGUGUAAAGAUGUGGUCGCCGAAGCAGUUACAGGGUCCGGAAAGACGUUAGCGUUUGUUGUGCCGAUGCUGGAGAUGUUACUUAAGAAGCGGAAGGACGAGCCGUUGCGGAAAGAUUUUGUUUAUGCCGUCAUCAUAUCGCCUACCAGAGAAUUAGCUUCUCAGAUCUCUAAGGUCAUAGAACAGUUUCUUCAGGAGCAAGAACUGUCCCAUACGACCCUAGCGCUAAUGGUUGGCGGUAGACCAAUAGAAGCUGAUGUUGAGAGCCUCAACAAUGGUGCACAUAUUGUUGUCUGUACUCCUGGUCGUCUCAUGGACCUGUUGUCGGAGAGGAAACAACUUAAUCUUGCGGGAAGACUUAAAGAACUUGAAUUCUUAGUACUAGACGAAGCAGAUCGUCUGUUAGAUCUAGGCUUCAGUUCAACUCUUACCACAAUCCUCCAAUACAUACCACGUCAACGUCGCACCAGUUUAUUCUCAGCCACACAAACCAAAGAGCUUCAAGACCUUGUACGCGCGGGAUUAAGAAACCCUGUAGUUGUUAGCGUUAAAGAAAAAUCUACAAUAAGCACACCACUUUUAUUAGAAAAUUAUUAUGUAAUUGUUGAACCACAGGAUAAGUUUCUCUUUCUUCUGAACUUUAUAAGAAACCGUAAAAUAGCAAAGGGUUUGUUCUUUCUGCCAACUUGUGCGUGUGUAGAUUAUUGGGCUGAUGUGUUGCCAGCAUUUUUGCCUGACAUAAAGGUAUUUGCAAUACAUGGCAAGAUGAAAAAUAAGAGAAGCAAAAUUCUGGAGAAAUUUAGAGAAUCUGAGGAUACUAUUUUGUUGUGUACAGAUUUAUUGGCCAGAGGCCUAGAUAUACCUGAAGUGGAAUGGGUUCUUCAGUGGGAGCCGCCAACCAACCCUUCUUCGUUUGUUCACCGCGUAGGGCGUACGGCGCGCGGCGGCGCCGCCGGCUGCUCGCUGCUACCGCUCUUGCCUACGGAGGACACCUACGUGACUUUUAUUAAGAGUAAUCAGAAGGUUGAACUCAAAGAUUGGCGGAAAUCAAAAGACGAGAUUAAGAUCAGUCACAAAUUACGGGAUAAGUUACUGGCAAUCCUCCACGAUCAACAAAAGAAAGACCGGUCAAUCCUAGACAAAGGACAGCGAGCGUUCGUCUCCCACAUGCGGGCCUACACUAAACACGAGUGCAAUCUGUUAUUGCAAUUCAAAGAGCUACCAUUAGGUCAUAUAGCUACGAGCUACGGCCUCUUAAAACUGCCUCUAAUGCCCGAAAUCAAGGAAGAACAUAAACAACAAUUCAUUGGCCCUAAGGAACAGAUAGAUUUUAAUAGUAUACCAUAUAGAGACAAACGUAAAGAACUGAAUCGCUUGCAAAAACUGGAAGAGUAUAAGAAGACUGGAGUUUGGCCGUCUAAGAAGAAAAAGAAGAUGGCUCAAAGUCAACCCUGGGAACAAGCAAAACAGAACAAAGAAGAACGUAAACAACGCCGAAAGAAGCGCCGCGAACUAAAGAAGACCAGUGAAGGCAAAAAAGGCAAGAAAAGGAAAGCAAUAACACAAGAAGAGUUAGAAGAACUUGCAGCGGACGUUGGGCUUAUGAAAAAAUUGAAAAAAAGGAAAAUCACUGAAGAACAGUUCGAUAGAGAAUUUGAUGUCGACAAAUAA